AUGAAUCGGGACAACGUAUUCAGUAGCACCAAACAGACCAACCCGGUACAGAAUGCGUCGUUCCUGUCGAAGCGUACCUUCUGGUGGCUGCGCGACACGUUCCGCAGUGGCCAACGGAAGGAAAUCACGGAGGAGAAGCUGUACGCCACGCUGCCGGAGCACAGCAGCCACGAGCUGGCGAACACGUUUGAGCGCCUGUGGUCCGAGGAGGAACAGCGCGGCCCGGAAAGGGCCAGCUUUGCGCGGGUUUACUGGCGUGCGUUUGGCCCGCAGACCCUGUUUUGGGGGCUAGUGUUCUCGGCGUUCGAAACCGCGAACCGGGUGGCGCAACCGCUGUUGCUUGGCGAGCUGGUGUCCUACUUCACGCCGAACCAGAACGAGAUUAGCGAACGCGACGCGUACUGGUAUGCGGCCGGCGUUAUCGCGUGCUCGCUACUGUCGGUCAUAUCGUUCCAUCCGUUCAUAUUCUACAUCUUCCAGCUGGGGAUGAAGUUCCGCAUUGGCGCCUCGUGCUUAAUUUACAACAAGGUACUUAAACUCUCGAAAUCUACCACUGCCGGCGAUGGGCUCAAUGGGAAGAUCGUCAAUCUGCUGUCGAACGACGUGGGCAAGUUCGAUAUUGCGCUCUGCUUCGUCCACGACCUGUGGAAAGGGCCGAUGGAAGCGAUACUGCUCGGUUACUUCAUCUACCGGCAGAUCGGGUACUCGGGCCUGCUCGGUAUGGCCUUUCUUCUCAGCUUCAUCCCGCUGCAGGCCUGGGUCGGCAAGCGGACCGCCACCUACCGGAUGAAGUCCGCCAAGCGUACCGAUCUGCGGGUGCGGCUCAUGAACGAAAUCAUUCAGGGCAUCCAGGUGAUCAAAAUGUACACCUGGGAAGGCUCGUUCGCCAAGAUGAUCGAGAGUGUCCGGCGGAAGGAGAUCCACGCGAUCCGGGGUACCGCAUACGUGCGCGCAACGCUCAUCUCGUUCUUCACCGUGUCGCGCGUUUCCAUCUUCAUCAGCCUGCUGUCGUACACGGUGACCGAGAACGUGAUCACCGCCAAGAAGGUGUUCAUCGUGACGUCGUUCUACAGCAUCCUGAACGACUCGAUGGUCCACUUCUGGCCCAUGGCCAUCACGUUCUGUGCUGAGGGAUACAUCUCGCUCAAGCGCAUCCGAGACUUUUUGCUCACGCCCGAAGGCAAGCGGCGGCCGGCGGUCCCGGAGGUAGUACCGCCGGGGGGCGGCGACGAGACGGCGACGGCGAAACAGAAAAAGAAGACGGCAAGUCCGGCGGCAGCGAACGUAAAGUCGAGUCACCAGCAGCAAAAUGGUGGCGAGGGUAAAUCGGUGAAGCUGCCGAAGGACGAUGAAGUGUCGCGGGAACCGCUGCUACCGAAGCGUGUCGUCCGAACGGACGAAGGCGACAGGCGCGGGAUUGUGCUGAAUAAUGUGACCGCUCGUUGGGCGAUUCCAAUGGCACCGGAUGCCGGAGCGGGAGAUGCACCGGAUGAGGGAACAAACGUUGGCAUCGAAGCGAUCAGCCUGACGGUGGAACCGGGAAAGUUGUGUGUCCUCGUGGGUCAAGUUGGUUCCGGCAAGUCGACGAUGCUGCAGGUGCUGCUCGGUGAGCUGGAGAUCGAUGAGGGAAGCGUGGAAAUAGGCGGUACGAUCAGCUACGCCGCGCAGGAACCGUGGCUCUUUGAGGGCAGUGUGCGGAACAACAUUCUGUUCAUGGAACCGUACGACGAGCGGCGGUAUCUGCAGGUGGUCCGCGUUUGUGCCCUCGAACGUGACUUUGAGCUGUUCCCGCACGGUGAUCAAACGAUCGUCGGCGAACGAGGCAUUAGCCUAAGUGGAGGCCAGAAGGCACGGGUCAAUCUGGCCCGGGCCGUGUAUCGCCGGGCGGACAUCUACCUCCUGGACGACCCGCUCUCGGCCGUCGAUACGCACGUUGGGACGCACAUCUACGAGCGGUGCAUCCGCGAGAUGCUCGCCAAUCGGGUCUGUGUCCUUGUGACGCACCAGCUGCAGUACCUGAAGGACGUGCAGCAGAUCGUGCUGAUGGCCGCCGGGCGGGUGGAAGCCGUCGGGAGCUACCGGGAGCUGAAGAAGUCCAACAUUGAGUCACUGUUGGCCCUUACGCCGGACGAAUCGCCCGCCGAGAGCCCACUCGAGCGGGAGCUCGCAGCCAAGAGGCUGCGAAGAACCAGUGGCUCGUCGUCGUCGGGCAGGGACGAUUCACUGUUGGGCUUUGACUUUUUGCACGACGAAAAGCAGGAGGAGGAAAAAGAAUCUCAAGGCGGCACCGGGAGUGUCGGUCUGUCCGUGUACAAGUCCUACGUGACGGCCGUCGACAGCUGGGGAUGGAUCUUUUGGAUCACCACCCUGAUGCUGGUGUCGCAGAUUGUCAUCAGCGGCGUCGACAUCUUUGUGGCCGAGUGGGUGAACUGGGAAGAGCGCAUUGCCGGCGUGCCGUUCGAGUUCGACCUGAGCGGAAACCACACGAUCCUGAGCUCGCGGGACGUGCGCAUCCUGUUGCGCGAGCAGAAGCAGGUGAGCAACUACUUCGAGCGCCAACAGUUCAUCUGGAUCUACAGUGCGCUGAUCGUGCUGGUGGUGGUGGUCGUGGUCAAACGGUCGUUCUCGUUCUUCUACGUCUGCCUGCGCAUUUCGAUGAACCUGCACGAUCGGCUGUUCCGCGGGCUGACACGGGCCACGAUGCACUUCUUCAACACGAACCCCUCGGGCAGGAUACUGAACCGGUUUUCGAAGGACAUCGGGUCGAUCGAUUCCGCCCUGCCGUUGGCACUGUUUGACUGUAUUACGUUUUCCCUCGAAAUGAUCGCCGUAGUGGCGGUGGUAUCGAUCGUCAACUACUGGUUCCUGCUGCCGACCGCCGUCGUCGCCGUGGUGAUGUACUACAUCCGGCGGAUCUAUCUCAAUACGUCGCGCGUGGUCAAGCGGAUCGAGUCCGUGAACCGAUCGCCCAUCUUCACCCACACGAACGCCACCCUGCAGGGCCUGUCGACGAUCCGAGCCUUCGGGGCCGAGGCGGCACUGAAGCGCGAGUUCAACGACUUUCUCAACGUUAACUCGUCCGCCUGGUACAUGUUCAUCUCGACGUCCCGUGCCUUCGCCCUGUGGCUCGACCUCAUCUGCGUGCUGUACAUUGGUGUGGUAACGGUCAGCUUCCUGGUCGGUGGGCAGGACACGCUCGGCGGUAGCGUCGGGCUGGCCAUCACCAAGACCAUCAGCCUGGUCGGCAUGUGUCAGUGGGGGAUGCGGCAAUCGGCCGAACUCGAAAACCAGAUGGUGUCGGUUGAGCGCGUCCGCGAGUACAUCAAUCUACCGUCGGAGCCGCCGCUCGAAACGGCACCCAAGUACCGGCCGCCGCGCAACUGGCCCGAGCACGGUACGGUGCGGUUCACCAACGUCGAUCUGCGCUACUCCGAGGACGGGGAGCGGGUGCUGAAGGACCUCAACUUUGUGAUCCGACCGUGCGAGAAGGUUGGCAUCGUGGGGCGCACCGGGGCGGGCAAAUCGUCCCUCAUGCAGGCCCUCUUCCGCCUGGCACCGUUCGAGGGUAGCAUCGAGGUGGACGAUAUCGACACGAAGACGCUCGGGUUGCGUGACUUGCGCAGCAAAAUAUCCAUCAUUCCCCAGGACCCGAUCCUGUUCUCGGGCACACUGCGCAGCAACCUGGACCCGUUCGAGGAGCACAAAGACGACGACCUGUGGAGCGCACUGGAUCAGGUCGAGCUGAAGGAGGCGGUCUCGUCGCUGGCCGGUGGCCUCGAGUGCCGAAUGUCCGACGGUGGCAGUAACUUCAGCAUGGGCCAGCGGCAACUCGUCUGCCUGGCGCGUGCCAUUUUGCGCAACAACAAAAUUCUCGUCCUCGACGAGGCCACUGCCAACGUGGACCCGGAAACGGACAAACUCAUUCAGACCACCAUUCGGACCAAGUUUGCCCACUGCACAGUGCUGACCAUCGCCCAUCGACUGCACACGGUCAUGGACAGCGAUCGGGUGCUGGUGAUGGACGCGGGCCGAGUGGUCGAGUUUGGCCACCCGCACGAGCUGCUGCACGGUCCGAUCGGAUACCUGCGGCGGCUCGUCGACCAAACCGGUGUAGCUACGGCGGCCAUGUUGAUGCGUACGGCCGAGGAGAGCUUCAAAAAAUCGAGCGCCAAACAAUCGGAAGCAAUCACGCUGGGCAUCAUCGUGGCAAUUAGCCAAGAUGAACGCCUGAACGACCAAAAGAUACACGAUCUGCGGCGGGAAGCGAACCCGGUGACGCGGGCGAACCUCGUCUCGUGGUACACGUUCUGGUGGCUGAAGAACCUGUUCCAGACGGGCCUGAAGCGGCCGAUCGAAGAAACCGACAUCUAUGACACGCUGUCGCAACACCAAAGCGCCCAGCUGGCGUUCGAAUUCGAGCGGCAGUGGAAGCAGGAACGGAAACGGAACCAGCAGAGCCCGAGCUUCCUGCGCGUCAUCUGCCGCAUCUACUGGCGCCACAUCCUGGGCUACGGAUCGAUGUACACGAUCGUCGACCUGAUGGCGCGAAUCCUGCAGCCGCAGUGCCUGGGCGGGUUGGUGUCGUACUUUGCACCGGGCCAGAGCACCAUCGGCAAGCGCGAGGCAUACUACUACGCGACCGGCAUCAUCCUGUGCUCGUUCGUCCCGGUGGCCAUCUUUCACCACUUCAUACUGUACAUUUUCCAAAUCGGCAUGAAGAUCCGUGUCGCGUGCUGCUCGCUGCUGUACAAGAAGGCACUGCGGAUUACGAAAGCCGCCGCGACGGACGGGAUGACCGGUCAGGUUAUCAAUCUGAUGUCGAACGAUGUGGCCAAGUUCGACAUCGCCACCGGAUUCGUCCAUGACAUCUGGAAGGGACUGAUCGAGCUGCUGGUGCUCGGGUACUUUAUCUACCAGCAGAUCGGCGUGACGGGACUGUUCGGGAUUGCGUUUUUGCUUAGCUUCAUUCCACUGCAAGCAUGGCUCGGCAAGAAGGCGGCCACGUUCCGGCUGAAGACGGCCAACCGCACCGACCGGCGGAUACAGUUCAUGAACGAAAUCAUCCAGGGCAUCCAGGUGAUUAAGAUGUACGCCUGGGAGGGCAGCUUCAGCCGCACGGUGGACCGCAUCCGGCGGAAGGAGGUGGCCGGCAUCCGGGGCACGCUCUUCAUCCGGGCCGGGCUGCUAUCGUUCAAUCUCGUGUCCCGGGUGGCGAUCUUCCUCAGCCUGUGCGCGUACGUCCUGCACGGCAACGCGUUCACCGCCAAGAAGGUGUUCAUCGUGACGUCCUACUUCAACUGGCUCUACAGCUCGAUGCUCCACUUCUGGCCGCUGGCGCUGACAUCCGUGCACGAGGGGCUGGUCUCGAUAAGGCGCAUCGAGGGCUUUCUGCUGCUGGCGGAAAAGAAAUUCCAACCGGCCGCCGCCGCCGGCCGGAAGGGUGCCCCCGUGCCGGGCGCCGGGCAAGAUGAAAGUGAGCUCCAGCUGCUGACCGGUCUCGGGGGCCCCGGGGCGGCAAACGCAAACGGUGGUAUGGCCGUCGUCGACGGUGGACCACCCAAAAGCAAGCGCUUCGUCAACCGCAAGGCCGUUACGCGGCACGGCAUCUUUAUGCGCGACGGUACGGCGCUCUGGGAGAAGGAACCGGCCCGCGACUCGGAUGGACUGCUGCGAGGAAAUGGGCUCCGAGGUGUGACGCUGGCGGUGGAACGGGGUACCCCGUGCGUGGUGGUCGGACCGGUGGGCUGCGGUAAGUCAACGCUGCUGCAGGUAGCGCUCGGCGAGCUGGAGCUGGACGAGGGCCGGCUGGAUGUGAACGGCAGCGUGAGCUACGCUCCGCAGGAACCGUGGCUGUUCGAGGGCACGGUCAAGAACAACAUCGUCUUCACGGAGGACUACCAGGAGAAGCGGUACCGGGAGGUGGUCCGCGUUUGUGCCCUCGAGCGCGACUUUCGGCUGCUGCCAGCCGGCGACCAGACGGUGGUCGGCGAGCGCGGCAUCAGCCUGAGCGGGGGCCAGCGGGCCCGCGUCAGCCUGGCGCGGGCCGUGUACCGCCGGGCGGACAUCUACCUCCUGGACGACCCGCUCUCAGCCGUCGACACGCACGUCGGGAAGCACAUCUUCGAGCAGUGCAUCCUGCAGUACUUAAAGGACAAAGUUUGCGUGCUGGUAACGCACCAACUUCAGUACUUAAAGGACAUCGACCAUGUCGUGCUAAUGAACGUGGGGCGCGUCGAAGCGCAGGGCGCGUUCCGGGCGCUGGCCGCGACCGGCAAGUUCUCGGCGCUGCAGGACCAAACGCAGGACGUGCAGGAGCCGCCGCCCGGAGGGGAGCUGGACGAUGACGCAUCGCCACUUGACGCCACCCAGGGCAAGGAUAAUGGCCGACCGUCGCUCCGGCACUCCGAUAGUGUCGGGAGCGGUGGCGGAAUUGAAUACGAUACCAUCGGCAACAGCAUUGACAGUGGCAGCGCCUGGGGCACCACCGGUGGAACCGAUUCGCGCCGUAAUGUCACGCCGACGGUGCAACCGACGCCGGCACAGCACCAGCCGGCCCACCAGCAGCACCAGUCGCUCUACCAACCGUCCCCGUUCUCGUCGAGCAGCAUGGUGUUCGAUGGGUUCGACGAACGCCCGAACCCGGCGGCGGUGGCCAAUGGGCACCCCGGCACGGUCGGCAAGGAAUCUCAACUGACCGGCCAGGUGGGCUGGAGGGUGUACCGGAGCUUUUUCCAGGCGGUCGAAAGUAACCUACUGCUGGCGCUGGCCGUCGCCCUGUUCCUGCUGGCCCAGGCCAGCAUGAGUGGCCUCGAUUACUACAUCUCGCAGUGGGUCAACUGGGAGGAGUACGUCAGUGCGCUGGAGCGCUUGCGGGCUAACGUGUCGGCGGUCGCACCGGAAGGUGCUGGUGCCGGUAACGAUACUAGCGACCCGACCGACCCACUACUGCCGAUACCGGCCAAACUGGCCGGGAGCAUCUUCACCCGGAUGUCGCGCCAUGAGUACAUCCUGACGUACGGCAUCGCGAUGCUGCUCAUGUUCGGGCUCUCGCUGAGCAGAUCGUUCCUGUUCUUCUACGUGUGCCUGCGGGCCACGAUCCGGCUGCACGAUCGGUUGUUCCGCGGUAUCACCCGGGCCACCAUGUACUUUUUCAACACGAACCCGUCCGGCCGGAUACUGAACCGUUUUUCGCGCGAUAUUGGCUGCAUCGAUACGUUUCUGCCGUUCGCCAUGAUGGACUGCAUUCUGUUCUUCGUAGAGUUCUCCGCCAUCAUCGUGCUGGUGGCGGUCGUGAACUCCUGGCUCCUGCUGCCGACGGCCGUCAUGGGGAUCGCUUUCUACUGUCUGCGCCACGUGUACACCAACACGGCGCGGAGCAUCAAACGCGUGGAGGCAUCCACCCGGAGCCCCAUCUUUUCGCAUGCCAACGCAUCCUUCCAGGGGCUCACGACGAUACGGGCGUUUGGCGUGGAGAAGAUUCUGGCCGACGAGUUCGACAAGCACCAGGACCUGAACACUUCCGCGUGGUACCUCUUCCUCGCGACAACCCGUGCCUUCGCCCAGUGGCUGGAGAUGGUGUGCGUGCUGUACAUCGCUGUCGUUACGCUCAGCUUUCUGGUGGUCGAGGACUCGAUGAGCGGCAACGUCGGGCUGGCCAUCACGCAGGUGUUCAAUCUGAUCUUCAUGUGCCAGUGGGGCAUGCGGCAGACGGCGGAGCUCGAGAACCAGAUGACGUCCGUGGAGCGGGUGCUUGAGUACGCCGAGGUGCAACCGGAGCCACCGCUCGAGACGAGCCCAAAGCACGCCCCGGGUGCCGGAUGGCCCGCGGCCGGCGCCAUACGGUUCGAGCAGUUCUCGCUCCGCUACUCACCGCACGCUGCCAUGGUGUUGCGUGACCUCAACCUUGCGGUCGGUGCCGGCGAGAAGAUCGGCAUCGUCGGCCGGACCGGAGCCGGCAAAUCAUCCCUCAUACAGGCGCUGUUCCGGCUGGCGGUGAACGAGGGCCUCGUGUACGUGGACGGCGUGGACAUUGGCACACUCGGACUGCACGAUCUGCGCCGGCGCAUCUCGAUCAUCCCGCAGGACCCGAUCCUGUUCUCUGGCACGGUGCGCGAAAAUUUGGACCCCUUCCGGCAGCACGCGGACACCGAACUGUGGACGGCUCUCGGGCAGGUGGAACUCAAGGGCACGGUGCAGGCGAUGGAGGGUGGCCUGGAUGGGCGGAUGGCGGACGGUGGAGCGAACUUUAGCAUGGGCCAGCGGCAGCUGGUCUGUCUGGCCCGGGCCAUCCUGCGCCGCAACCGCAUCCUGAUACUGGACGAGGCAACGGCCAACGUGGACCCGGAGACGGACAAGCUCAUCCAGCGGACCAUCCGGGAGCAGUUCGGCGACUGCACCGUGCUGACGAUCGCCCACCGCCUGCACACCGUGAUGGACAGCGACCGGGUGCUGGUGAUGGAUGCGGGCCGAGUGGUGGAGUUUUCGCACGCCCACGAGCUGCUCCAGCGCACGUCCGGGGCCCUGAAGCGGCUGGUCGGCCAAACGGAGCCCGCCACGGCGGACGCCCUGGCGCAGAUGGCGCUCGAGAGCUACCAACGGCGACGGCUGACGCAAUCGGGCUCAAAGUUGUCCGAAAUGGGAGCAUCGGUCGACGAGCCCGACGAGCAUCCUUACGCCGCUGCCAAUCCGGUUUCGAGAUACUUUUUCUGGUGGCUCCGGGGUUUGCUGCGUACCGGGCUGCGGAGACAAAUAGUGCCGGGCGACAUCUGUGAGAGUCUGCUUCCGGACCUUCGGAGUGCGACGGUUGGUGCCACGUUUGGGCGCCAGUGGGACCGAGAGGCGCCACACCCGCAGCAGCAGCAGGAGAACCGGUCGAUCGACGGCCGGAAAGCAUCGACCGGUGAUGGAGACCCGGCGCCGUGGAGGCUCCUGCGGACCGUAUUACGCAUUCACGGGGCCGGCGUGCUCGCGUUCGGCUUCGUCUACAGCUCAAUCGAGUCCGCGUGCAGGAUUGGCCAACCGUUUCUGUUGGGCCAACUGAUCCUGUACUUUGACCAGCAGCGCGGGGCGGAUGACGCCGAUUGGGCGGCACUGAGCCUGGCGCAAGCGUACGGAUACGCGGUCGGCAUCGUGAUGACCGUGGUGGCACCGAUGGCCCUGUUCCACACGUACCAGCUGUACCUGCUGAAGGUGGCCAUGAAAAUUCGCAUCGGGUGCUGUGCGCUCAUCUACGGCAAGGUACUGCGACUGAGCGCCUCCACCGAGGGCCUGUCCGGCACGGUGCUGAAUCUAAUGGCGAACGACGUGAGUCGGUUCGAUUACGCCGUCAUCUUCCUGCACGACCUCUGGAAGGGCCCGGUCGAGCUGGUCAUCGUGGCGGUGCUCGUUUACCGUGAAAUUGGAGCCGCCGGUCUGAUCGGGAUGGGCUUCCUGCUCCUGUUCCUGCCGGUUCAGGCGUGGCUCGGCCAGCGGUCGGCCGGAUGCCGCAUGGCGACCGCGCUGGCCACCGACGAGCGGGUGCGCUUCACGAACGAGGUGCUGCGCGCCAUCCAGACCAUCAAAAUGUACGUCUGGGAGCGACCGUUCGAGCAGAUCGUCCACCGGUUGCGUCGCAAGGAAAUCCGGGCCCUGCGGGGCAGCGCCCUGAUUCGAUCGGCCCUGUUUGCGCUGCGCAUCGUGCCGAAAGUGUCCUUGUUUCUUGCGCUCGUGUCGUACGUGUACCUCGACCACGCGCUCACCGCCCGCCGCGUCUACAUGCUCAUCUCGUUCUUCAGCGUCGUGCACCACUCGAUGGUGGAGUUCUGGCCGCUGGCCGUGAUGUCCGCCGCCGAGGGCUGGACCUCCUUGCGGCGCAUCCAGUCGUUUUUGGUUCAAAGCACCGACCUCAACGAUGGGCGCGUGGAGGACCGUGAAGCGGCGGUUACUUCACCCCGACCGGUCUCGGUGGAGCUUGACGAUGUGUCCACCUCUUGGGUGGACUCUGGUUUUGCGCUCCGCCACCUAACGCUUGCGACCGGAGUGCCGGCCCAUCAAACGGUCGCCAUCGUUGGGAGCAUCGGGGCCGGUAAGUCAACGUUGCUCAGCCUGAUUACCGGCGAGCAGCUGGCCACCGGGGGUCGCAUCGCGGUGCACGGCACGGUCAGCUACUGCUCCCAGCGGCCCUGGAUCUUCGAGGGUUCCAUUCGGCAGAACGUGCUGUUUGUGGAACCGUAUGACGAGCUUCGCUACCGGAGCGUGCUGCGCGUGUGCGCCCUCGAGCGGGACGUCCAGUUGUGGCCAGCUGGCGACGAGACGGCGGUCGGGGAACGGGGCGUCAGCUUGAGUGGCGGUCAGCGGGCACGCAUCAACCUGGCCCGAGCGCUGUACCGCAGGGCGGACAUCUACCUGCUGGACGACCCGCUCUCGGCCGUUGACACACACGUCGCGAACCGAAUCUUCCAGGCGGCCAUCCGAACGUUUCUGGCCGGCCGUCUGUGUCUGCUCGUGACGCACCAGCUGAAGUAUGUGAGCGCGGUCGAGCACAUUGUGCUGCUGGACGAUGGUCGCAUCCUCGACCAGGGCACCUACCCCUCCAUGCAGUCCCACUUCAGUGGGGCUCGUGACGGUGGACCAGUGGCCGAUGAACUCCCGGAGAAGUCAACCACGGUGGAUGACGCCGACAGGGAGCCGGGAGCCCCACCCGAGGACGGCCAACCCGGCGAAGGGCAGGAAGACGGUACGGUGCGGUUCACCGUGUACACUGACUUCCUGAAGUCGGUCCAGAGUGUGCCGUUCGUGGUGCUGGUCGCCGCACUCAUGCUGGCGUCGCAGAUCGCAUCCACCGGAACCGACUACUUCGUGUUCAUUUGGGUCGAUUGGGAGGAAACCAUUGCCGGUACGGCGGAGGCCCGAUGGACCACCACGGACCACGUGCUGCUGUACGCCGGGGCCAUCGCGCUCACCGUCCUGCUGACGGCCAACUGCUUCGCGUUCUUCGGCAUGUGUCUCCGGGCGUCGCUCCACGUGCAUGCCGCCCUCUACCGGGGCGUGACAUACACGGCGAUGCAGUUUUUCACCCACAACAGCUCCGGCCGGGUGAUGAACCGCUUCUCGAAGGACAUCGGGCUCAUCGACGCGAGCCUUCCGAUCGUCAUGGCCGACAGUCUCUACUUCUUCCUGGAGCUGGCCGGCAUCGUGACGAUUGUGGCGCUGGCCAACUAUUGGCUGCUCGUGCCGACCGCGAUUAUGGGGCUGGUGUUCUGCCUGCUGCGGUACGCGUUUCUCCGGACGGCGCGCAACGUCAAGCGAGUCGAAGCGAUCACCCGCAGUCCGGUCUUUACGCACACGAACGUGACCGUGGAGGGUCUGGCCACGGUCCGGGCGUGCGGUGCCGAGCGUCAGCUGGAGGCCGAGUUCCACCGGCACCAGGACCGCAACACAGCGGCCGGCUUCCUGUUCGGAGCUACGACGCGGGGCUUCGCAUUCUGGCUGGACGUCGUCUGCUCGCUCUACAUAGCGUCCGUCGUGCUGAGCUUUCUGGUGAUUGGAAAUGAUAUCGUGAGCGGUAACGUGGGGCUGGCCAUCACGCAGGUACUCAACCUGAUCGGAAUGUGCAACUGGGGCAUCCGGCAGACGGCGGAGCUCGAGAACCAGAUGACGUCCGUGGAGCGCGUGCUCGAGUACGCCCGACUGGAACCGGAGCCGGACCUGGAGCCAUCCUCAGACGGCUCGCUAGUGCCCGCCGAAACUUGGCCCGAACGCCCCAGCAUCGUGUUCCGGGACGUCACCCUGCGGUACACCCCGGAGUCGCGGGUGCCCGUGCUCAAGCAGUUGAGUUUCGAAAUCCAGCCAAAGGAACGUGUCGGCAUCGUGGGACGCACCGGCGCGGGCAAGUCGUCUAUAAUUCAGGCCCUCUUUCGACUCACGCCGCCGCCACCCGGCGGCCGAGAUGGUAUCAUUGAGAUUGACAGAAUCAAUAUCGGGACGGUGCCGCUGCGUCGAUGCCGGAGUCGUAUCUCGAUCGUGCCCCAGGAUCCGGUCCUGUUCUCCGGCAGUUUGCGCACCAAUUUGGACCCGGACAGCCAACUGCCGGACGAGCGGCUCUGGCGGGCGCUCGAACAGGUGGAACUGAAGACUACCGUCAGCGAGCUGGCCGGCGGUUUGAACAGCAAAGUGGCCGAAGGUGGCACCAACUUCAGUGCCGGCCAGCGGCAGCUACUGUGCCUGGCGAGGGCCAUACUGCGCGACAGCAACAUACUGGUGCUGGACGAAGCCACGGCCAGUGUUGACCCGAGGACCGAUCAGCUCAUUCAGCGCACGAUCCGGGCCGAAUUUGGAAACUGCACCAUCCUAACCGUGGCCCACCGGAUACACACGAUCCUGGACAGCGACCGUGUGCUCGUGAUGGACGCUGGGCGCCUGGUAGAGUUCGACACUCCGGACCGGUUGCUCCGUAUUCCGGGCGGAUACUUCCGGCGGCUGGCCGAAGAGAACUGA